CUCCUUGCCUUCUCCUCUGCCUCUGCCUCCUCUCCUCAUACAUCGCCCAUCAUGCCGCGCCAAUUCUUUGUUGGAGGUAACUUCAAAAUGAACCCGACCACCCGCGAACAGAAGCGGGCUCUGAUCAAGACCCUCAACGGGGCUACGCUCGACCCUCAGACUGAGGUCGUCAUCGCGCCUCCGGCUCUGUAUUUGAUCCCGCUGUUGGAAACGUUGAGGAAGGACAUCAAGAUUUCGGCGCAGAACAGCUACACCAAGACUGCGGGUGCGUUCACCGGCGAAAUCAGCCCCGCCCAACUCGUCGAUGCCGGAAUCCCCUAUGUCCUCCUCGGCCACUCUGAGCGCCGCAGCAUCUUCGGCGAGACCUCCGCCUUGGUCGCGACCAAGACGCGCGUGGCGCUCGAUGCCGGGCUCAGCGUGAUUCUCUGCGUCGGCGAGACGCUCGAUGAGCGCGAGAGCGGCAAAACCCAGCAGGUCGUCGAGGAGCAGCUCAAGGCCGUCAUCGACGUCACCAAGGCGGAGGACUGGAGCAAGAUUGUCAUCGCCUAUGAGCCCGUGUGGGCCAUCGGCACCGGCAAGGUCGCUACCUCUGCCCAAGCGCAGGAGACGCACAAGGGCACGCGCGAAUACCUCGCCAAGGCGGUCUCGCCUGCCGUCGCCGAGAGCACCCGCAUCAUCUACGGCGGAAGCGUUAGCGCCGCGAACUGCAAGGAGCUCUCUACGCAGCCCGAUGUCGAUGGCUUCCUCGUCGGCGGCGCUUCGUUGAAGCCCGAGUUUGUUGACAUCGUCAACUCAAAGAAGGCAUAG